AUGGAGAGAAUUAACUUGAAUAACAAUCACUUUGUCACUGAUUUGUUGACAAUUGUCUUCGUUCUACCAGGGGAACUUGGUGAAAAGGGACACAAGGGUGAGCCAGGUAUUGGCCACAGAGGUCCUGUGGGACAGGCUGGUCCACCUGGAACUAAGGGUGAGCCUGGUGAACUGGGGCCUUCUGGUGCUCAGGGUAUCCAGGGUAUCCGUGGUAACCCCGGUAUUUCAGGUUCUCAGGGCUUGAGGGGCCAACCAGGAGACCCAGGAGAGGCGGGGAGAGAGGGAGACAGGGGUAGAAGGGGUAAGAAUGGAUCACCCGGGACUCCAGGAGCUAAAGGGACACCAGGAAUAGAGGGUCCACCUGGUCUACCUGGGACGAAAGGAGAAAAGGGCGACAGUAUCCCGGGGGAACCAGGGGCCAGGGGUGUGGUCGGGAUCACAGGUCGCAGGGGUGAAAAGGGCAUUGCAGGAGUCUUAGGAGCCCCAGGACACACUGGUCCAAAGGGCUUCCCGGGCAGCAAAGGAGCAAAGGGCGACAGAGGUUUAGCAGGAAUACAAGGAGAAAGGGGAAGCCCCCUCCAAAUCCAGGGGCCGAGAGGCUACAAGGGCUUAAAAGGAGAAGGGGGAGAGCGAGGCUCCCCAGGUUUCGAUGGAGAUAAAGGAGAGAAGGGCGAGGAUGGGCCCCCGGGGUUCAAGGGCCUCAAAGGAGAGGCAGGGGCCAAAGGAGCCAUGGGGCUGUUUGGGGUCCGUGGACCAGUGGGCCAAAAGGGAGAUACUGGUGAGCCUGGAGUCAAUGGAGAAGUGGGUCGUAACGGGGACGAUGGAUUGGACGGAGCCACAGGAGCCAAAGGAGACAUGGGACUCCAGGGACAGAAGGGAGAUCAGGGUGACAGAGGUGAACCUGGCUUACCAGGGGAUACUGGGCAGACAGGAGUGAAGGGAUUCCGAGGCCUACCUGGACGCAUAGGAAGCACUGGGCAAGAUGGAGAAAAGGGAGAGAUGGGUAUUCCUGGAACCCCAGGACAUCCAGGGCUCAAUGGACUCACAGGACGGAAGGGUGAAAAAGGGGACGGGGGUAUCAAUGGAGUAGAGGGAGCACCAGGACUAAGAGGAGAGAAGGGUGCCACUGGUUUCCCAGGGUUCCCUGGGUUUAAGGGGUCAGCAGGGACACCAGGCAGUGAUGGAGCGGAGGGGCGACCAGGACGUAAUGGGUCCAAGGGAGAGACAGGAACCAAGGGAGAGAGGGGCAGGAGAGGCAGAGGGAAGCCUUGUCAGACAGGACCACCUGGAAGUCCGGGACAAAGAGGAGGCAGUGGAGAGCUCGGAAACGAGGGACUAAAGGGAGAGAAAGGGGAACCCGGACUCUCUGCCGAGGAGGUGAAGGAUCUGGUCAACCAAGAGGUUGUGAACCAGUGCGGGAUGGACUUGAAGUUUGUGGUGAAGUCCAAGGACCCGGAUGCUGAGAGCAUGAUGUUUGAGAGGGAACCGGACGAGCCUGUAUCCAUCUUCACUCGCAGCCUUCCUGAGGAUGAGAUGGGAGAGGAGGAAGAGGACAAUAAAAGACUUGUAAAGGAGCUGGUAGGAUCAACCACUCCUCCCCCCGUCCCCUUGCGAGAGGAGCGGACCCCAGGUGAUGACAACCUUACCGACUCUGGAGCCAACAGGGGAGCAGAUUGGGGACUGAGGCACAGGAGAAGAAGGGUUCCAGGAGUCGGGCCACGCUCAUCAGACUUGACCCCUGACCUCUGCCUGCUGCCCAUGUCAGAGGGGGAUGUUGGGAGCAUGUCCUGCUGUGGUACUACCACCCCCACUCCGGGGAGUGCCGGCCGUUUGUCUACGGGGUUGUGAGGGCAACCACAACCGCUUCAACACCAAACAAGAAUGUCAGAGGUGGUGUGGGAAAGAGAGGAGAGGUCUUGAGCCUAGAAGGUGAGAGGGAGCUGCCAAUCAAGACAUUUUUUUUUUGUAAAUGCCACAGUGUAAAAUGUUCGAAUUUUUGUGCAGAUCUGGAUUUUUUAAAUAUUUAAAGUAAACUAAUGAUUUUCCACACUUGAGAGAAAUGCCCAUAUAGAGCAGAGCUGCAUGGGUUGCAUUGAUUUGCAAAAUCAUUCGAAAGUCUUUAUCUGUGCCUGUUUGAGCUUGCCUGGCUUAAUUACCCAAUAGAAAAGUCCCAAAACUGCAAAACCCUGCCCAUCUGGGACUCCAGGCAGUCUUUUAAGGUAACGCUCAAACUAUUUUUAAAGUAUUUGAACCCAGGUCUAAUACAGCUACUGUAUUUUCUAUGGACUAUGCCAAUUACAGAUGACUCACCAUGUGAAUGUUAUGAAUGUGUUCUUUCAUGUUUUAAUCAAAAGGUAGCCUGCACAUUCUAUAUUACUAUAGUAAAGUACAGCACAUUCUCAAGUACUGUAGAAUAGCACAUUCUAUAGUACUAUAGUAUAGCACAUUCUAUAGUACUAUAGUAUAGCACAUUCUAUAGUACUAUAGUAUAUCACAUUCUAUAGUACUAUAGUAUAGCACAUUCUAUAGUACUAUAGUAUAGCACAUUCUAUAGUACUAUAGUAUAGCACAUUCUAUAGUACUAUAGUAUAGCACAUUCUAUAGUACUAUAGUAUAGCACAUUCUAUAGUACUAUAGUAUAGCACAUUCUAUAGUACUAUAGUAUAUCACAUUCUAUAGUACUAUUGUAUAGCACAUACUGUAUAGUAUAGCACAUUCUAUAGUACUAUAGUAUAGCACAUUCUGUAUAGUAUAGCACAUUCUAUAGUACUAUAGUAUAGCACAUUCUAUAGUACUAUAGUAUAUCACAUUCUAUUGUACCAUAGUAUAGCACAUUCUAUAGUACAAUAGUAUAGCAUGUUCUAUAGUACUAUAGUAUAGCACAUGCU